ACUUAUGUGUACGUGAGUACACCUAUUACAUAUUCAAGAUUAUAUGGUUUUGUGAUAAAAAUAAUAAACGGGAGUUGAAAAGUAUGUAUUUUUUGCGUGUCAAAAAAAUUAUUUUCGGCCCAAGUAUUUCUAGGUUAUUUUAUUUAUAAAGAAUUUAUUAAUUUGAAAGUUAAUAAGAAAGUGUGAUGUUUAUUUAUGUUGUAUUUGUACCUGUAGCAAUGAUAACUAGUCAAGUGCUCAAUCUGUCAUACAUUUACUUUCAUUAACCUCACCUGUAUGUUAAAAAUUAAAGUAGUAUUGUUCAAACUAGAAUUUUUAAUAAAAAUAAAUGUGCUAAUUAAUAAAGUUAAUUGAAUUAAUAGAAAAUAGUUUUAAAAAAUGGGCAAACCAACAAAAGUGGUUGUUUGUGGAAUGAAAGGUGUUGGAAAAACAGCUAUGUUAGAACAAUUAAUUUAUGGAAAUGUAACUUCUAAAACAGAAAUUCACCCAACAAUAGAAGAUAUUUAUUCAGCAAACAUUGAAACCGACCGGGGAACUAAAGAAAAGGUCCAAUUCUACGACACAGCUGGAUUAGAAGGGCUGCAGAGCAGCGCGAGUAACCAGCAGCAGCAAUUAGCACGUCACUACCUCGGUUUCGCAGAUGGGUAUGUUCUAGUUUAUGACACUGCCAAACCGGAGUCGCUUGACGUUCUUAUUCCCCUUAAAAAAGACAUUGACAAGAAUAAAGACAAGAAAGAGAUAAUUAUAAUCGUGGUAGGAAAUAAAUCUCGCACUGACACCAGUCAUGACAGCUUAGAAAACACCGCCAGCAAAGCUAUUAACUGGUGCACACGUGAAAAGAUAAAACACUUUGAGGUAAAUGUCUUGGACCGAAAUAGUUUGUACGAGGCAUUUGUUUACUUGUCAUCAAAAUUGAAUCCUGUACAAAACAAAAGUUCAUUUCCGCAGUUGAGUAUGGGCAGAAAAACUGUCAAAGCUGAAACGACAUGAUUAUUUAUUAAAUUUAUUUGUUGAUAAUUUUUAAAGGACAUUACUGAGAUAUAUUUUAAAAAUUUUUAUUAUAUAUAUUAUUUAUCACACUUUAAAUAUUUUAUUUUAAUAGAUCUGACAGUUAAUGCAAUGAGAUCUGAUUUUAUAAAAGCAUUUAAUGACAAAAAUAAAAUGUACCAGUAUAAGUAAUUUAAUUGAAUAAAUACAUAUUACUUAUUUAACAUAGUUAUAGAGUCAUAAAGUUCAUAGUCAGCACAAUAUCUAUUAAAAUUUAAUGGGGUAGUUGAUUAGAAAAAACUUUGGUUCAAGGUUGGUUUGUUUUAUUUUUUGAUACUUUGUAAUAAAGUUUAUUUAUAGCAUUUUAUUUAUUACUGCCUUAAUAGCAAAAAUGACCUUUUGGCAUCGAAAACUUUCGUUGAUAAAUUAAUGCAAAAAAAUAAAUGAGUAAUGAAAUUAUUUUUUUAAAUAUUAUCAAGUCAUUUAUUGUACAUUUAGCUUUUAUUACUGGUACGUUUAUAUUUAAAGUUAUGAUAAUGGCAAAGUACUUACAUAAGUAAUAAACAUUAGUGAGUUUGCACAACGAAUACAAUCAGUACAAAAAUUAUAAAAUUUGCUCCUUAUUGUUAAUUUUAAUUCAUUUUUUAAUUUUUUUAUUGUAUUUAUAAAAAACUAAGUAGAAUAGUAUUUAAAAUUUUACUUGUUACGUAUAUUGUACUUAACUGUUAAACUUAUCACUAUCAAUUAAUAAAUAUACAUAUUAGGGUGUAUAAAAAAACCAAAAAACUUCUUUUUUAAAUUAUUGUGAAAUUUUGUCAGAGGAAGUCAAAAUAAGGAGCCUGUAAAAAUUUGAGCUCUUAAUAUUAAGAUUUAUUAUAAAAAAUGUUAUUAAAGUGAGAGAAAAAAUUACAAAAUUAUGCACUAACAUGUCAAUGUAAAUAGUGAUAGAUUUUGAAGUUAAUAAUUUACAAAGUUAAAAACUUUAUAUUAAUUAACACUUAAUUUCAUUAUUUUUUAUUGGCAGUUACACAUCUUUACUCCAAAUUACUCAACUCUGCGACAUACUGUACUCAACAUAAAAAAUUGAAUAACUUAAAAAAAAAAAACUUCACUCAAUUCAUUCACUACUCAAUACUAACUUUAUUCAACGCUAAGUUUACUUAGUUCCAACUGUAUUCAAUGCAAUCUUUACUCAAUAGUAUUUUAUAAGUGACGGCGCGCUUUCAAAAAUCUCUAUUCAAUAUUUUUUUAUUUAAUAAUAUUUUAUUCGGCAAAAACAAAACUGUACUCAAAAUUUCUCAGCUCUGUGCAAUCUGUACUCCAAUAAAAUAAUUUAAUAAA